GCUUUGACAUAUCACGAGCGGUUUACCUUUUUUUUUUUUUUUUUGUGGGGGGGGGGGGGUUUAUGUCGCUUACCCGGUUUAUUGGUGCUUGUUUUUUUUAUUUUUUAUUAUUAGGACAGGCGCAAUUUAGGGCCUGUGCAUGGAUGAAUGUUGGAAUGUCCUGCGAGCCCUGCUGAACGGAUCAAAAUACAUGCCAAUAUCUCCCAUGAUGGAAACCGAUGCCCGCUGCUUUAAAGAGCAGAGUCCGAUUAUUACCCGAGGAAGAAUGUCAUAAUAUCGUAUGCGAAAGAAGACUCCUGCGAAGAACUCAAAGACCAAGUCAAAAUCAAAAGAAAAAGACAAAGAAACAGAAAAAGAAAAGAUCUAUAUCCCUGUCAUGAAUUCUCCCUAGCCCACAGCGUUCUCCCAAGGUCCCUCCCUCCCUUACAACCUAUUCUAUCCAGCCAACAAUAGGUUGUAGGUGGUAUCCCUUCCUCAGAGCAACCAGGUCGAGUUGGAAAUAUAAAUAAUUCUUGAUCCCUUCUUUAUCAAUUGAUUAUUCGAGAAGAGGGAGUGGAUAUGCAAAUGGAAAAAGAACUUACUCCCGGCUGACACAAUGUGGGGGACAGAGACAGAUGUGGGCAAGAUAAGUUACGGAGGGAGGUUUCGUAACAAUUGCUUUCUAUAUAUGUUUAGAUAUUGAAAUAUUUGCAGAAUAGAGAUGCAAUAUUAAUAUGGGGAUAUUCAAAGCUAUGGAUCCCUUACCUCGAUAUCUACACCUGACUUAUCACCAGGAGAAUUAUCCAAGAGCAGCGACUUUUACCCUGAACGGGAAAGACUAGACUUUCCCCCGCACGAACCCCGCAUUAACUUAUGUCAUCACCACUUCCCCUCACCUCACCUCCUCACCUCCUCACCUCCUCACCUCCUCACCUCCUCAUACAAGAUCUCAGACAAUCAAUCAAUCAAUCCAUCCAUCCAUCCAUCCAUCCUGGGACGGGGGGAUUCCAGCCAUCCGCUGCACUGAGUGUUCUCCUCUCCAGCAACGGAGGGGACCGAGGGAGGAAAGCGGGGGGGGCAAGGGGCCAGCCAUACAGCGUAGUAUUGCUGAUACAGAUAGUUUAGUCUAUACAAGGGGGUGCACAAAAGGGGCCAAAAGGGGCCAAGAGGGGCCAAAAGGGAAUGGAUAUGAAUGAUAUCUCGAACUGAUUUGAUGCAAUGUACUGCACGGGAUCGGCAUAUAUUUCCCAGUCAUGGAAUGGAAUGAACAACCCUUCAGUUCUUCUCCCCCCCCUUAACCUAUGUAUAUAAUCAAAUCAAUCAAUCAAUCAAUCAAUCAAUCUUCCCUGCGAAUCUGUUCUAUCCGCAACCAAACCUGGACAAAUCACCGCGCCCAGGCGGACGAGGGAGAACUGAAGGACUGGAGGACCCUGUUUCGGAGGAAUGGAGUCGAAUAAUCCAAUCCACUCCAGGCCAGCAAAUAACUAACGUCUUUGCUUCCCGUCCUGCUGGCGCGGUUUGCCCGGUCCAGAGCCAAUCCUUGGAAUUCUUGCUCGUUGAGUGAGUGGGGCAGUAGUCGGGGGGUGGGAGAGAGUUCUUUUUCUAGCAUGGGAUAAUGAGUUGGAUGCGGCGGAUAUCAUAGGAGUCUGUCUGUGCAAUAGUUACGAGAGGUGCUUCAUGUGGGGGUGGGCACUAGAAUAUAUAGGUGUAACACUCCUCCUCCUCCUACUGUUCUUCUUCUUCUUCUUCUUCUUCUUUUUCUUCUUGCCUAGAUGCUUGUCUAAUAUAUAAACUGGGCAAACCUCCCAGUUUUCUUUGCUUUUUCGUCUCUCAUUGCUUGCCCAGGUAAUCUCUACCGUGAUCAAGUUGUUUUACCCCGCCUGCAACUAUCAAGGUUCCAUCUGCUAUACUACGCUAUACACCCGCGACUCUCAUACUCGAAUCAGUCAAAUACAUCAUAUUCAAAGCAACGCGACUCAUUCCUCCUCCCAUCUCAGCUCGUUGAAAAGAAGUAAAAGAUCGCCUAUCUCUUCUUUCAAAUCCGCCCUGAAGCAGCCACAAUGGUAUUUCUCCGCUCUUUAUCCCGCCAUCUCUCCCGCACUGUCCCCGUCCCCGUCCUCGCGGGUCGCGGUGUUGUUCCCUGCACCUCCUCCGCUGCGUUCCCUUGCAGCAAUGCUCAGCUAUACGGGCUGUCGUCCCCUUUGCCACCAUUGACCGGAGUGAGAACACUGACCGCGAGUCCGAAACUGCAGGGUAAAGUACUCUUGGUUUUGUAUGAUGGAGGACAACAUGCGAAGGACCAGCCUGGUUUGCUCGGAACGACUGAGAACGAGCUGGGCCUGAGGAAGUGGUUGGAAGAGAAGGGCCAUACCCUUGUAACCACCUCUGACAAAGAAGGUGCCAACUCUAAAUUCGACCAGGAGCUUGUCGAUGCUGAGGUUAUCAUCACUACCCCAUUCCACCCAGGAUAUCUGACCGCAGAACGCCUGGCUAAAGCCAAGAACCUGAAACUGGCCGUCACGGCCGGUGUGGGAUCCGACCACGUCGACCUGAACGCCGCCAACAAGACGAAUGGCGGCAUCACCGUUGCCGAAGUGACGGGCUGCAAUGUCGUCUCCGUCGCCGAGCACGUCGUCAUGACCAUUCUCGUCCUGGUCCGCAACUUUGUCCCUUCACACGAGCAGGUUGCCAGCGGCGAUUGGAACGUCGCCGCCGUGGCGAAGAACGAGUAUGACCUCGAGGGAAAAGUCGUCGGCACCGUUGCCGUGGGCCGUAUUGGCGAGCGUGUCCUGCGACGACUGAAGCCGUUUGACUGCAAGGAGCUGCUGUACUAUGAUUACCAGCCGCUGACGCCAGAGGUCGAGAAGGAGAUCGGAUGCCGCCGCGUGGAGAAUCUGGAGGAAAUGCUCGCGCAGUGUGAUGUUGUCACCAUCAACUGCCCCCUGCACGAGAAGACUCGCGGCUUGUUUAACAAAGACCUCAUCUCGAAGAUGAAGAAGGGCUCCUGGCUCAUCAACACCGCCCGCGGCGCCAUCGUCGUCAAAGAAGACGUCGCCGACGCCAUCAAAUCCGGCCAUCUGCGCGGCUACGGCGGCGACGUGUGGUUCCCGCAGCCCGCGCCCAAGGACCAUCCGCUGCGCUACGUCCAGGGGCCCUGGGGCGGCGGAAACGCGAUGGUGCCGCACAUGUCCGGCAGCUCCAUCGAUGCGCAGGUGCGCUACGCGGAGGGCACGAAGGCGAUUCUCGAGUCGUAUUUCUCCGGCAGGCAUGAUUAUCGGCCGGAGGAUUUGAUUGUGCAUGCGGGGGAUUAUGCGACGAAGUCGUAUGGGCAGAGGAAGUAGGGGGGGAUUGUGUGAGGCUGUGUUUUUGAACAUAACUGAUAUAGGGAGUGAGAAGUGAAAUUUUUCUAUUUUUUUUUUUUUUUU